AUGGAGCAGGCUGUGGAGUGCUGGGCACAACCCCGGUCCACCAAAGUAGAUAUCGAACAGGAGAUCGAAAUAAGGAACAAAGAUCUCCCGCUAGUCUUCGCCGGUUCCGCUGGGGCGACUUUUUCACGAGGUCUUGGCAUGCACAUUCAUGACUCCCAUCCACACCCGUCGGCCAAGGCGAUGAACCAGUCAUCUUCGCUGAACGCAUUGCCCAUGGAUUCUGUGCUAUGGAGAGGACAGCACCUAAGGGUGGGUUUCGCUUGUCGUUCCGAGUUCCACUUUCCCGGCGGACUCCGGUUCAGGGGGGAACCCAGCGUUGCUAACGGCGAGAUGACGUCUAUCUAG